ACGAAGACGGAACCGGAGCCGGGAACGGGCAGCGGACGCGGUCCAGCCGAGAGCCGAAGAUGGCAGUGAAUGUGUACUCAACGUCGGUCACCAGUGAUAACCGCAGUCGACAUGACGUGCUGGCCUGGAUCAAUGAGUCUCUGCAGUUGAAUCUGACAAAGAUUGAACAGCUGUACUCAGGGGCUGCCUAUUGUCAGUUUAUGGACAUGCUGUUCCCUGGCUCCAUUGCCUUGAAGAAAGUGAAAUUCCAAGCUAAGCUAGAACAUGAAUACAUCCAGAACUUCAAAAUACUACAAGCAGGUUUUAAGAGGAUGGGUGUUGACAAAAUAAUUCCUGUGGACAAAUUAGUAAAAGGAAAGUUUCAGGACAAUUUUGAAUUCGUUCAGUGGUUCAAGAAGUUUUUUGAUGCAAACUAUGAUGGGAAAGACUAUGACCCUGUAGCUGCCAGACAAGGUCAAGAAACUGCGGUGGCCCCCUGCCUUGUUGCUCCAGCUCUGAACAAACCGAAGAAACCUCUCAGCUCUAGCAGUGCAGCUCCACAGAGGCCCAUUGCAACACACAGAACUACUGCAACCCCUAAGGCUGGCCCGGGCAUGAUGCUGAAGAAUCCUGUUGUGGGGAACGGGGAUGACGAAGCAGCUGAAUUGAUGCACAACGUAUUGAAACUUACCGUCGAAGACUUGGAGAAAGAGAGAGAUUUCUACUUUGGAAAGCUAAGGAACAUUGAAUUGAUUUGCCAGGAGAACGAGGGGGAAAACAACCCUGUAUUGCAGAGGAUUGUGGAUAUUCUCUAUGCCACAGAUGAAGGCUUCAUGAUACCUGAUGAAGGGGGCCCGCAGGAGGAACAAGAAGAGUAUUAA